AUGCCCAGUGAGACUGCCAAGGUCCAAGCAUGGAGGGAAAAGACGGGAUCAAGUAUAGACUCUGUUAGAGAGCAUAUUGGGGUCAGUGAGCCUCUUCUUUCCCUGAAUGAUCAAGUCUUCUCCUCUCAGGAACCAAAGCUGGAGAACAUUUCUGGGCCAGGGUCUGAAAUGGGUUCUGCUGUAGAAGACCUGGGCAUGGUGGAUCAGGAGGCACAUGCCCAGGUGCAGGAAGAAAGCAAGUAUAAAGCCCAGGAAUAUUCUGGGGAUAUAGUGAAUCCGCAUCCAUUAGAGGUCACUUGCCCAUCCCAGGAGGAGGACAAAGAAGGCUUCCAGGACCCGGAGGACAGACCCGGUUGCGCCUCUCCCAUGGACGUCCUGCUUUCCACUGUGGGUGGCCUGAAGACCUCUGAGACUGCUCUCCUGAAUGCCACGGCAGUGAAACUGACCAUGAUUUUGCAAGAACAGAAAGCGGAUUUGAAGGACAAGGUCUGCGAAAUAGUGGAACGGGUCUAUUGGGAGAUCAGCAGUAUUCCAGUGGGCAAAGCUCGGAGGGCAGCGUUGAAUGUCGUGACCUCUCUGGCGGAGGUGUCCCCCGAAGAUGUGGUCUCCAGCCUCUUGAAAUACUCGCUGCCCUGCAACAGCACUGCCUCUGAAAUGUGGAAGAGUCUUUGCACAGUCCCGGAGACUAACACCAAAGUUGUGUGGCACUUGCUCCGAGAGCUGAAGCGGAGAGCCACCUUGCCAGAGCAGGGCUGCAGUGCCGGGGACGGUGCUGGCCACGAGGAGUGGCUGGCUCCUUUGGCGGCCGCGAGGGCCCUGGGCGAAAUGUUCAAACUCUUCACCUGUGUCGGAGCCAUGCGGGGCUUCUACCCCGCCAUCUUCCUGGCCUUCCUGACCCAGAUCCACUUUCUGGUGCGGCUUCCAGCCUACAGGGACGAUCUGGAGGAGGAGAAGGGGGAGGAAGAGGAGGAGGGCCAGACUCACAAAAUGCUGGACUCUGGUGGCAAGGAAGGCCGCCAUCAUUCCCUCUGCUGCAAACAUGUGCUUGCUGGACAUGUGAGAUUCGCAGUGGAGACGCUGAAGACCCUGAUGCUCCGAGACCAUAACGAGAAGGCCCUGCUCUGGAUGGAGAAGAGGGGGUGCUGGGGUCUUCUCUCCAGCAAAGGUGGGCACCUCGAAGGGGUCCUUCUCCUUGCCAGAAUUCUGGUGACCCACACGAGGCACCAUGUGAUGGGGCUGCUGGCGGAGGUCAUCCCUCAACUUUGUGCCAAGGAGGAGGAGAGGGCUUUGACGGCCAAAGCUCUCUUUGCAGGGUUCCUUUGCAGCAAGAUCGCCACGCAGCUGAUCCCCAAGAGAAGCAUCCUGUCGAGGUUGGGGGAGUGGCAGGCAGACGCCCAGCCUGCCGUCCGCUGGCUCAGCCUCCGGGGGUUUGAGAACAUGGCUCUGCACAGGCAGAAGCUGAAGCAGCUGGAAGCCCUGCUCUCUGCCAUCCUGGGAGGCCUGGACGAGGCUCACGAGAAGACCGUGGGGGACACCCUUCAGGCCCUGGGACGGAUCCUCGGCUGCCACCAGCGGAGAGUCUGCGUGGGCUCCAUGUUGGUCCUCAUCGCGGAGAAACUCCGGCCUCUCUUGGAGGACGAGCGGGAGCGCGUGCGUUCUCUGGCCAUCGGCCUGUUCGGGAAGCUGCUGCUGGGGGUCAGGCUCCGGCACCGAGCCCAGAUGAGGGAGCAGGUCCUCACACACUCAGUGCCCUUCCUCCUCCGCCUGCAUGACUCCAGCCAGGAGGUGGUCGAGAACUGCGAAUGGACCCUGGCCCGGUGCAGCGACUUUCUGGGCUGGGACCUCCUCGAGGAGAUUGUCAUCCUGGCCCAUUACGACAGCCAGGAGGCCCUGGACAAAAUCUGCACGCGCCUGGUUCGGUGGUACCCACACAGGGUCCCGGCCUUCCUGUCUCGUACGCUGGAUUACCUGAAGAGCCCCGAAGCCCCCCUGCGGAGGGCGGCUGGUGUGCUUGCAGGAUUCCUCGCCUUUCACAUGGACGCCAGACGGGUCAGCCAGGAAGCCAUGGCCGCCCUGCAGUGUGGUCUUGACUGCUUGCUGGCUGAUUCGGAGCCCUCCAUCCCCGAGGCCGCCUCCGUCUCCAUCCUGCAGGUGAAGUGGGCCCGCCGGAGGGCUUCUGCCUCCACCUUGCCCCUCCCUGCCGCCCUGGCACGGAUGCUGUGUUGCGUCCUGCGCGAGGAAGGGGAGAAGCCGCAGUUCGAGGACAGUCCCUUCAAGCGGAAGAGGAGCCUGGAGGCCUUCAUGAGCCCCCCCAAGCCCCUCCUUUAAAG